ACCCACCUCCAGACAUUUAAGGUCGCUUGGUUUAGCGUCUUUCGUCAUUUCGUAUUUUGUUCGCGUCCAGCUCUCCCCCUGCAAGAAGUCAACAUGUUUGUAUUUAACUUGUUUUCAGCAACUACCUGGACUUUGCUGGUUCUCGUUUUCACCCUUUUAAUGCUGUAUGGCAUUUGGCCAUAUAUGUUUUUCAAAAAAGCGGGAAUACCGGGACCAAAGCCGUGGCCGUUUGUUGGAACACUUCUAUACCUGAGAAAGGGAUUCCUUUCUUUUGACCGUGAAUGCCACGCCAAGUACGGGGACCACUGGGGGUUGUUUGAUGCACGAGUACCAGUGUUAAUGGUGGCAGACCCUGAGAUUGUUAAAACUGUGUUGGUGAAAGAGUGCUACUCUGUGUUUACCAACCGAAGGGAUAAUCCAAUGGCAGGACCUUUGGCUGAUGGAAUUACAGCAGUUAAAGAUGAGAGGUGGAAAAGAAUGCGGAGCACUUUAUCACCAUGCUUCACCAGUGGAAGACUGAAACAGGUUUUUCCCAUCGUUGCUCGCUAUGCAGACCGGCUCGCUGAAAAACUUGGACAAAAACAUUUGGAUGAACCUCUCGAUGUCAAAAAAUUCGUGGCCCCUUAUAGUUUAGAUGUUGUGACCAGUGCAUCCUUUGGUGUUGAGGCAAACUCCAUAAACAAUCCAGAUGACCCGCUUAAUGUUCAUAUCAAGAAGGUCCUCAACUUCAGAAUGUGGCCUUUAUUUAUACUAAUGGUAUUUCCCUUUGGCGCCCGUCUGUUGAAUCUCCUGAAAAUUGAGAUGAUACCCAGACCAAGUGUGGAUUAUUUCUACGACCUCAUCAAGAGGUUUAAAGACCAGCACAGGGCAGAGGAAUCUAGUCGAGCGGACUUCCUGCAGGUGAUGAUUCAGAACGAGAUACCAGAAACGGACAUAAAGAGUGAACAAGAUCAGCCGAGUAAAGGUUUGACUGAGCACGAGAUCCUUUCCCAGGCGUUCAUUUUCAUCUUUGGCGGCUUUGAGACCACCAGUGUCACUAUCUCUUACAUCUUUUACAAUCUUGCCGUCAACCCUGAUGCGAUGAAGACCUUGCAGGAAGAAAUCGAUGCCAACCUACCGAGAGAUGCUCCAAUUCGAUACGAGGAUGUGGUCGGUCUACAGUACUUGGACCAGGUUCUGAGUGAAUCACAGCGUUUGCUUCCCACUGCACCUCGGCUUGAGAGGAUGUGCAAAAAGACUACCCAGGUUCACGGCCUCACCAUCCCUGAGGGAACCCUGGUUGGCAUUGCAGUUCACUUAUUACACAAGGACCCACGCUUUUGGAGCUCACCUGAGCUUUUCAGACCCGAGAGGUUCAGUAAAAACGGUGGGGAGGAGGUGAACCCGUACGCGUACAUGCCGUUCGGGCUCGGUCCUCGUAACUGCGUUGGGAUGCGCUACGCUGUCCUCACCAUGAAGACGGUUGUUGUCCGUAUCCUGCAGAGUUACACCGUGGAAACAUGCAAAGACACCGUGAUUCCGUUGGAGAUUAACUGGAUGGGCCAGCCGACACAGCCAAUAAAACUCAAGUUUGUUCCCAGACAACAUUAGUUAAAAAGGGAGCUUCUCCAAGUAGACCUUGCUUCUGUAUGGCUCAGUUUAACAACUGCUGAAAGGAUAAGAAUUCAAGUUUUGUACAUCAAGUCUUUAUGAUACUGACACUCAUAUUUUAAUGCACCUAGAACAUCAGAUUUUUCUUGCAAUGUUGAUGAAUCAAAUGCAUUUUAUUAAUGUAAAGGAAGUGUGUAACAUGUAGGGCAGAGGUCUUCAACAGGGGGUCCCUGCAGGGGGUCGUAACAUUUUUGGUUGAUUAGAAAAAUGUUCAUAUAAAAAAAUAUAUAUUUUUUUUAAACUAUUAGCUUCAAUACUCAUCAUUGUAAAACUUUUCUGUAAACAGUUACCUUUAAAACUUUUCACUGUAAUAAUUUACCUUUAACCCUUGUACCUUUUUAAGAAUUUAGACGCAGAGAAAGUGUCAAGAAUAUAUAUUUGUAUAUGAAGACACGUGAUGAAUAUUUAUGUCUUAUACUAGAAGAAUGUGAAGUGUCCUAAAUAGGACAGAGUUGGCCUCCUGAGUGCAACUCUUCAUCUGUCCACCAGAUGUCCUCCGACUAUCCCUCCCGUCCCAGUCACCUGACUCUCACCCUGUUGCUCAUUCCCCAAUCAGCCCUCUCAGUAUUUAUCUCCACUUUCUCCUGCCUGAUUGUCAGUACUGCUUUGUUCCUUUACUUCUAUUCUCACCAUGCUGUCAGUAUUCUUAUGUAUCUUCACUUUUUCAAUAAAUCACUGAGCUCUUCCUGUC